UAACGCAGGUAGCAGAAGCUGAUGUUACAUCCUGGUUGUUUGACAGCGUUUACCGUUUUCUCCACAGAAAACAAACAUGUAAGAUACAUUUACGCGGCGAGCUCUGUGUGAACGGCAGACUGAUCCGGCGCUGCCGCAGCCUGUUUAUCGAUAACAUUAAGGUUCAGCAGCGGAGAGCAGAAAGAAACGGCCUUUUAUAUCACUGUGCGUUUUGCCAUCGAAUUGCUAGUUUUGCUUGACAUGUAGCUCGUGUGGAGAUUUCUGUGACAUAUCUUGAGACUUUUUUGAUGUCUAACAGAAAUCAGAUUUGUACCCUGAGAAGCAGCCGAGUUCGCGCACCCCUGCAGGCCUUAUCGUGCCCUUGUUUUCUACUUUGAAACAUUAGCAGGUUCACAGGGUGCUAACAAGUACGUUUAACUUGCGCUGAGAUAAGAGCGCGGACGGAGCGUUAUAAUGAGUUUCUUCAGUUUUGGACAAAGCGCAGAAAUCGAUGUUGUCCUGAAUGACGCCGAAACGAGGAAGAAGGUUGAACACAAAACUGAAGAUGGCAAGAAAGAUAAAUACUUUCUUUUCUACGACGGUGAGACUGUCAGCGGAAAGGUGAAUGUGACGCUGAAGAACCCCGGGAAGAGGCUGGAGCACCACGGUAUCAAAAUUGAAUUUGUGGGACAAAUAGAGCUGUAUUACGACAGAGGAAACCAUCAUGAAUUUGUUUCCCUGGUGAAAGAUCUCGCAAGACCUGGUGAAAUAACUCAGUCCCAGACCUUUGACUUUGAAUUCACUCAUGUUGAGAAACCUUACGAGUCCUACACAGGCCAGAAUGUCAAGCUAAGAUAUUUUCUGCGUGCCACAGUGAUAAGAAGACUAAACGACAUCACUAAAGAGAUGGACAUUGUGGUCCACACGCUGAGCACCUACCCUGAGCUCAACUCCUCUAUUAAAAUGGAAGUUGGAAUUGAGGACUGCCUCCACAUUGAGUUUGAGUAUAACAAAUCGAAGUACCAUCUGAAAGAUGUAAUUGUGGGAAAAAUUUAUUUCCUGCUGGUGAGGAUUAAAAUAAAACACAUGGAGAUUGACAUCAUCAAACGUGAGACGACGGGUACAGGCCCGAGCGUUUACCAUGAAAAUGACACUAUUGCCAAGUACGAGAUCAUGGAUGGAGCGCCGGUCAGAGGAGAGUCCAUUCCCAUCCGAUUAUUUCUGGCUGGUUAUGAUUUGACCCCCACCAUGCGAGACAUCAACAAGAAGUUCUCCGUGCGCUACUACCUGAACCUGGUGUUGAUCGAUGAGGAGGAGAGACGCUACUUCAAACAGCAGGAAAUCACACUGUGGAGGAAAGGGGAUGUGGUGAGGAAGAGCAUGUCUCACCAGGCUGCCAUCGCCUCUCAGAGGUUCGAGGGAUCGGCUGCUUCGGAGAGCGCACUGGAACAGGCUGCAAAGGAGGAGAGCGGGUAGAACUGCCUCCCUCCUCUCACAAGACUCACAAGGGGUCUGCACUGGGGUGGUGGGAGGUACGUGUCAACUGUACAACAUCUGGAGAGGCAGCGGUUUCAUUUGUAGCUGCUGUUGCUGGUAAAGGGAGGAAGAAGGGAGACCGACGUACGGUAAAACUGUGUGAACUAUGAAACAGUUUGCAUGAGGCAUUCAGAGGGGCUUCAGGCUGCUGGUCCUGUCCUUCCUCAUUCAUGCAUUUUGUUUUUUUUCAAAGUAAACACGUGUCUCAAAGUUCACUGGGUAAAACCAUGUGAAACUGAAUUUUUAAGCCUUCUGUUCGUUACGUUCUAACACUUUUGGGAUCAAUUGAUUUCUAAUCUCUUAUUAUUUCAAAUGAAUGAUCACGAAGUAUAUCUUGACAUUCCACAGUUAAUGAAUGCAUUCCUAACAUUGUUGUAAGGUCAAGAAAUCUGAGAUAACUUUGCACUGCUUUACCUUGCUGAACACAUUUUUCUCAUUUUGUGUUUCCACAAAAAAAAAAAAAAAAGAGAGAAAAAGGAUGGAAGUGGAAGCUCUAAUCUCUUGCUGCUGUUUGAGCGAGAGAGCUAAAGUAUUAAUCCACACGUUUAUUUUUAAAUCUGUAAAUAAGGCCAGUUAAACCUGUUAUCCUGUUCCAGCUCGUGUACACUGACUAUCCGGUAGACAGUGCGACAAAAUGAUGUUUCAUGUCCAUAAGCUUUACCUCAGCAUUCCAGUGGUGUUAGGAAAGGGUGUCAAAGUGUUUGUGUUGAGGUCUGAUAGUAUGAAAUCUUCUGUAUCCUCUUUAUUAGAGACUUAAAAAAGUUGUGCCUACGUGUAUCAAGCUAAUUGAAUCCUCCUGCCUCUAACAUAAUUUUAGUCUUUUAACCAGAGAAAGUUACAGUAGAACUAUCUUUUGCAAAAUGCUACUCGAUUACUUCUUGUUCCCAAAAGUCAAAUAAAUUGAUGCCAAAUGAA